CACUGAACUUAAAACUUCAUUUUAUUAUCAGCCGGUCGAUUAUUUACGCUUACAAGUAAGUGAGAAAAGGUAAAUAUUUAACAAAAUACAAUGGGAGAUUUAGUGGACGAAGAUCUUGAAUUUCGUGGCGGCACUCUCCAAUUGUCGUCGGAAAAUGUUAGCGCAGAGCCUCGGGUUACUCAACCAGCAAAAUCAAGUACAAAUACAACAAAUACACAAGUGAAUCCUUCGGUGUUAUCUGGUGCAGAUUCUCUGACCUCAUCAUCUUCGUCAUUUGCAGAUGCCAGAGCAGAGAGUCAAACGAAUGCUCAGCAAGAGGCUGAUCCAGUCCAAUCUGUUUACCCUCGGUAUGAUGUUCCAUUCAACAGUGAAAACAUUAAAGACUUCUUUACAUUCCGCAAAGGGGUAGUUGAGAAUGCCAUUCAAGAGUGCAUUACGGGACUAUUAUUUCCUGAAGAUGGUGAAUAUUUGGGUUCCUGGUUGUUGACAGAGAUUACACUUUGGGAUAAUGAAAAAGAAAGAAUCGUUCUUUUAACCUCGAGAUUAGUUAUGACUAUAAAAUACGAUUUCAUAGCGAUGAAACAGUUGGACUUCAAAAAGACGUAUUUAGACGAUUUGGACACAAUUGUUAUCGGUGAACUAGUUUAUCCACCGUCUUCAUUAGUACCACGUCUUAACGGUAUAGCAACGGGCGUGACGACAGUCGUCAAAGAUUGCGUCAUAGAUCGCCUGUGCAGGCGGCCAAGUUCCACCGACGAAAUUAAACUGUUCGAUUACAAGUAUUUUGAACCUAGGGAACGAAACCUUCGUGGGGUGCGCUUGAUGUGGAACAAAGGUGAACCUGUGCCGAUGAAGACUGUUUGGAACCCUUUUAGUCAAGACGUACCGUUCCUGACCUUCGCGUCUCACCCCAUCUAUUGGCACAAGGAUGGCGGCGUAGAAGAAAGAUCUACUUUUGAUAUGGAACUAUUUGCUCAAAAAUUGCAAAGGGCUGUCGAAAAUAUGACAUCCCCGUGUUGCAUACACCACUCUCCGAUCGUUAUACAGAGCUAUGUCGGUCUCACGUCUCUACUUCACAACAAAACGAGCAUGGGAUUCUUCAAGGUCAGAGGAAAAUUUAGUUUCUAAUUAUAUUCAAUAAUUUAUUAUCUGUAUUCCAUAAAAUUUCACAUUUUACAUAGAUAAUAAGGUUAUUAAAAAAAGUUAAGAUUAUAAUGGCUUAUGUAAACCCAAAAUUAAGUAAUUAAUACUUAAAUUUAAACAGCGUUAAAAUAUAUUGGGCAGGUUCUGGUUUAAUUUAUUUCAGAUUUAAACAAGCUUAUUUGUUU